AUGAGCAACUACAUUAUUUUAGAUACAGAGACCACGGGGCUAGACAACACCGCCGAAAUCGUUGAAAUCUCAGUCAUAAACGAUCAAGGCGAAGUCUUGCUUGAUACCCUAAUCAAGCCCACCAAGCCUAUUCCUCGAGAUGCCACCGCUAUCCAUGGCAUUACCAAUGAGAUGGUGGCCGAGGCGCCUACAUACGACCAGGUACACCACGAGCUCAUUGCCCUACUAGAGCAACACACCUGCUACAUCUACAACAGCAGCUACGACACCAGGCUCAUUCGUCAGACCGCCGGCCUCUAUGGUCUCCAGUUUGACAGCUCCAAGUGUUCCUUCUCUUGUGUCAUGGAGGACUACUCAGACCGCUUCAAUGACGGCUACUGGUCCAAGCUCAUCCAUGCCUACCACCAUGCAAUCAGUGUCACCAAGAGCGAGCCAAUCACUCUCAAAGCUCACAGAGCCCUUGCAGAUUGCCUCAUGACAUUGGAAGUCAUCAAAUUUAUGGAGCAAGAAGAAGAACAAUCAGACAAGGAGGCUUUAUGA